AUGGGCGCACUUGUCAGGCCGCCGCUUAUUUACGAGCACGAUAGUGAUCGCGGUUGUGCUAGACGACCUCCAGGACGAGGGUACAGCCAUCAGGUAUUGAAAUACUGCGAGCACCUGCACGGGAAAUGGUACUUCAGCGAGAUCCGGGCAAUCUUCUCCCGCCGCUACCUCCUGCAGAGUGUUGCCAUCGAGAUGUUCCUGGCUAGCAGAACAUCAAUCUUCUUCGCGUUCCCUGAUCAGGCGACAGUCAAAAAAGUGAUCAAGGCCCUACCGAGAGUUGGAGUCGGAAUCAAGUAUGGCAUCCCGCAGACAAGGUAA